AGAGAAAGAGAACUAGGGGGAGAGAAGAGGAAGACAGACGUGACUCUUGCAAUAUCUGUCUCUUCUUGCCUGGUCUGUGGCUAGUUGUAGACAUGUGCAUGAUUGGCACAGUGGUUAUGAAAACAGAAGCUGAAGCUUACGGAUUUCAUUUUUGGGUUAAAAGCAGAAGUUUAAAAUCCAACUCCUGUUCAGCCAACAAAUCUUCUGGCUCACCUUUAUCUUUCCUUCUUCUUUUACAGUUUGUUGAGCUUUCUUUUCAUAGCCAUCAAUGUCUGAAGAAGUUACUUAUGCAGAUCUAAACUUCCAGGACUCCAAUAAGACAGAAAAUAUCCAGAAGUUUGACAAAGGUGAGAUAAGAGAUCUUUCCCAGCUUACUAAAAUAUAGAAGAGGUUAAGUUAAAUAAAAGGACAUAUCAAGGACUAAAGGAAGGGGAAAAAAUGGUAAAAAAAUAUCAGAAGAUAUAACAUUCAAAAAUACAUUGUACCUGGAAGUUUUAAUGUCCUUGAGUUUCCAGCAAAACGCAUUCCUUUCCUGGGAACAUGUUAGGAGAGAAAUAAAGGCAAAUGAAUGAAUGAAAGCUUUAAGUGAAGAUGUAUGCGACAUCCAGGACUCUGCUGAUUCUGCUUCCUGCAGCGCCUCCUGCUCCUCCCCAUGCCUGGCGUCACAGGGCCUUGGCUCUGACAGCUCUAUGCCUCCUGCUGCUGAUCGGACUGGGAGUCUUAGGAAGCAUAUUUUAUGUAACUUUGAAUAUAGAAAUGGGAAGAUUGAAUGAACUCCAGAAUUUCACAGAAGAACUUCAGAGAAAUGUUUCUUUACAACUGGUGCAUAACAUGGACAGUUCCAAGAAGAUCAGGGACCUCUCUGUCACUCUGCAAAAAAUAGCCAUCAAAUUAUGUCAUGAGCUAUAUAGCAAAGAACCAGAGCACAAAUGUAAACCUUGCCCCAAAGAGUGGCUGUGGCUUGAGGACAGCUGUUACCUAUUUUUACCUAAGGAUCCUAAAACCUGGCAAGCGAGUAACAGGAUAUGUUCUGCUAAAAAUGCCAGCCUGUUGAAGAUUAAAAGUGAAAGUGUGUUGGAAUUCAUAAAAUCCCAGGAACUAAGUAGCUAUUGGCUGGGAUUAUCUCCCAGUAAAUAUAGAAAAGACUACCAUGCUUUGGAUGAUAUAAUUGUCUCCUCUGACUGGUUUAUAAGAAACACAAAUGACUUAAAUGGUAAGAUGUACUGUGGAUAUAUAUAUUAUGAGUCUGUUUAUUACGCUGAGUGCACUAACAAAAACAGAAUUAUAUGUGAGAAGUUGGCUGACUCAGUGCAGAUUGACAGCACACUACACUACUGAGUGAAGCACCAGAUGGAAGAAAAGUGUAAUUAGCACAAUUACUUUGAUUCAGCUGUUGUCCUAACAAUUAAAGGCAACUUUAGAGAGCAUACAUCUUGUGGACCACACAAAUGGAAUAAAGGCGCUGUGAGACUAAGUUUCUGCCUACAAUUUACAUUUUCAAAUUUUCUUCUUUCUCCUCAUUUGCUGAGUGAAAGGAACCUAAAGCCAUACCUUAUCAUCCAGAUACAGGCCCAAUUGGAUGCUCUGGAAGAACAUACAGAAGAAAUUACUCAAAAUUAAAGAGAUAUGAAGAGCA